AUGUUUCCUACAUACAAGCUGACGAACAAGUUUACAGGCGACAUCCCUAACCUCGAUGACUAUUUCACAACUUUCGAUUCGCCCGCCCUUUGGCAUCCCGAGCACUAUGCCUCACAACCUGAAUCCACGUCCAUGAAUUCCUUCCUCAAAGGACUCGACCUAAUCUGUUUCCGUGGCAAGGGCUCCAUUUCCACGUUUGCAGGACGGUGUUUGCGCUUUCUUAAAAGUGAGGAAGGUCGACCGGUCCUGGAUCGCGCCAAACUCCUGUGCCAGGUCAGACUGGAAAACGAAAACAAAAGUCUUUCGCAGUUGUCGUUCACGCUGUCGGGCGAGAAGACGUUUUACAGCCAACUGGCUGGUGCUCAGAAGUGUGUAUCACGAACGCCGCCAUCUUCCCUUGUCAAGCGAAUCGAAGACCGCCUUGACAAACAGAGACAAGAUGACCAAGAAGACCAAGGGGACCAGGAGGACCAGGAGGAGCAGCAGAAGCCUCAGAAGCCGCAGAAGCAGGAGAAGCGGGAUAAGGCUCUAGUUGCAUCAAUAUGCAAGAGGUCGAAUACGGCAGUAGAUUCUCGACUCAGCAAACGUCGCCCAUCCGCUCGUGCGAAUUCCUUUCACAUCGAUGCAGAUACCAUGAUCCGGACCGUGUACGAGAUCAACGAGGAGGAUGUGGGAGCGGCUUUCUACAAUUUUCAGCUGGCCGGUGUCGCACUUGCGAAUGAUCUUGACGCGCUGGUGACGAGAGGUAACUUUGCCUGCAUCCUUAUCUGGGAUACCUCGCAGGAGCUGGGGGAUCUGACGGCGCCCACAUUUUUGAUGAUCAAAGGAUUGUUGAUGCGGGAGCUCGUACGAUUUAAGGAGGCGCAGCAGCUGCUGCUUUGCCGGCUUGAGAGCGACUUGGCGUCUGGCCAUAUCAGUACAUAUACCGGAUCAGACCCGUUGGAAGCACGCCUCUUCCACAUUUUUCAGUCGCUGUGUUACGAGCUCCCUGCUACCUACUACGCGUUCGAAGCUAUAGGAGAGGACACCUUCGUUCACAGGGUGGUCCACACCUUGUUUACAUGCAUAUUCAAGGACUUCGAUGUGGAGUGGGCGAACCACCAGUCGGCGGCUUCCAAGUCGAGGAGAGGCGGAAGGGGUCUUGAAGGGGUGAGGCCGGAUCUAUCCCUAUCCAAGAAAGGAUACAUCGUCUUGUCGAUGGAGGUCAAGCCACCCAUAUAUGACCGCCGGUCCACGGUAUAUUUGAAGGAUAGAUGGAAGCUGGCCAGCCUGGCCAAGGAUGAACUUGACGACCAGCUCCGGGAGAAUGUGGACCUCCCUUAUUUCGUCGCUGUCCAGGUGUUCGGUCACCGCAUGGAGAUCAGCACCAUGACUCUCAUGAACGGCGUGUACCACUUCCACCGCAACCAUGAAGUGUACCUGCCGCGGGCUCGCGACGAUGUGGGGGCGGUUAGGAAUUCGAUCGAAGCACUGCUGUCCGUGGAGGCAUGGCUCAAGGAGUUCAAAUUCCCGCCGACAUAUAUGAAGGCAGGAGCGCGAACACCCCCGCGAAAGGUCAACGAAGUGAAGAAGACGCUGAUCUCGCCUUCGCAACGUGAACUCUUCAGCUCGACAAGAGAGUAG